GAGCACACGGACGGGCGCGUGAGGUCGUGCAGCGCGCGCAGGACCGUUAUUACCGUUAUUAUUGUCAUUAUCACUGGCGAUGGCCACGGCUCUGUCGCGCGCGCUCAAACUGCCAGGGAAGAAGGGCUCAGAACUGGGCGAGUAUGACCCCCUGACCCAGGUGGACAGUGAGGAUGACAGCGAGGAGGACGACCUCGUGCUGAAUUACCCACGGAAUGGCCUCGCCUCACACACUGCGACACUCAGGCUAGGACAGGAAGGGGCGGAGCUGCAUGAGGAGGACGAGGAUGAGGAGGACGCAUGGAGACGGGGCGGCGGGAAGGACAGGAGGUGUGAGAUGGGAGGAGUGUCUGACGAGGGGGUAGGGUUGGUCAGUGAGGGGGCAGGGCAGAAGGCGAAGGGCAGGGCAGCGAUGCGCACAGCAGCGUUUGUGGUGCCGCUGCUCUGCGCCAUGAUGUUCGUCCUGCUGUUCGCCUUCUUGUUGCCAUGCCACCGAGGCGGCUCACAAAGACAGAAGGAGUGGGAGACCGAAGUGGGACACGCAGGCGGUGUGACAUCACCUCCCAUGGCAUUAUGGGAUGUAGACGGGGACGGAGUGGAGGACUUAUUAAUCGCAGUCAUGAGGAUCAACAACAGCAGCCAGCAGAUCAGUUUCCUGGGAAACAGCAAGGAGUACAGUGUAGUCGCUCUGCAUGGAGUGAACGGCUCUGUGAUCUGGAGUCGCUCUCUGAAGGAGCCGCUCUCCUCCGUGCAGUGUUCAUCUCCCUACACCUGCCUGCUCAUCACCUCCACACACCUGAGCAGCGUUAACGCGUCUACAGGUAAGAAGUUGUGGGAGGUGCCAGCAGGGGAGGUGGAGUCACAGGCUGUGGCUGUUCCUGAUUUGCAGGGAGAUUCUGUUCCAGACCUGCUGAUUGCUACUCUACCUGAAGAUCAGGAAUCAGAUCUCUCUCUCGUCCUGCACUCAGGGAUGACGGGCUCUCUGAUUGGCCAGCCAGUGAACUUUAACCUCACAGCACAGGGAAAGCUGAUUGGUCCCUUACUGCAUGAGACAGCAGUGGGAGCGUAUUACAUCCUGUUUGGUUUGGGUAUGGUGGAGGCAGUGUCUGUCAGAGAUGUUUAUAAACAGGCAACAGGCCAGACGACCUUUCCCCCGAGUCUCAGUGUGAGGGACCCCAUGUGGGAGAAACAGAGGAAGAAUAAUUCGUCUACACUCAUCCGCAUCUACAGCAGUGAUCAGGUUGAGUAUUUUCUCCCCCUGGUGGCCGGAGUGUGUAAUAACCAUAAUAACCUGGACACUGAGUCGAGCCGUAACUCCAGCCGCAGUGACUGGGUGUUGGUGUGUGUGAACAGUCGGAUCUCCGUCAUCCGAGAGAGGGACAUACACACCACCUGGACCAUCAACUCCUCCUCUAUACACAGCCGUCCUGCUAUUGGUCAUUUUAACAAUGAUGGAGUUCCUGAUCUGCUCAUCCAGCAAUCUGCUAAUGGUGUCCGAAAGGUCCAGAUUGUUGAUGGAGCUCAGGGGCAGAGCCUGUGGGAGGCGGAGUUUGUUUGUCCCUUCCUUGCUUUGGAAGGUUCUACCGUUCUGACCACAUCCGGCCAGUCAGCAUUCCUGUUUUGGGCAGGUGAUCCACUUCCUGCAUCGAAGAAUGUUACCAAGGUGAGCCCACCUGAGCCCGUCCUCCGCAGACUGUUCCUCCUCCACCCAGCGUAUCCCACAAUCCUCCAGGAGCUCACCAGUACCACUGACACAGCACUCACGGCUACAGUGAGUUACGUUGAUGAGCAGAAGGAUGUCUCUUACAUGGUGGUUGUGUCCCGGCCAGUCUCGGGUCUCGGCCCUGGAGCUCAGCUGGUGAAGAGUGUGAGUGUGAGAGCGUCUCUGUCCAGUGCUACCACCGUACGCCUGAGUGACGACACGCGCACACACACCGCCUUCCAGAUCAACAAGUUCUUCAGAACCCUGUCCUUCAGACGCCAGUGAGAAGCUGUAGGACAUGGAUCAGGAUCGGGAUCAGGAUCGGGAUUAGGAUUGGGAUGUUCACACUGAUACAUAUUUAUUUGCAUUAAUUUAUUUAUUUAGAUGAUGGUGGUGACGUUGAACCCAGGAUCAGCUCCAGAACAAAUCUAAUUAGUGGGCAUUAGGGCAACCAUGGGGGGGGCACAAACUACCGUCCGAGAACUCAGUCUAUGAUGUAAAUGCUUGAUAAUAUGAGUUUGCUAUCAACAACCAACACACCAACCCAGAGUUCUAAUCUCAAAACAUGCUGCAAAUCUGCACAAAGUACAGUAUAGUCUAUAUUCAGGCCACUUCUCUCUCUCUCUCUCUCUCUCUCUCACUGCACAGUGUGUGUCAUUAGAACAUCGUUUGAAAUAGAGUAUAAUCUCUCAGACCCAAAAAACUUUCACCAUUUUGUGUAAGAAUCCUGAACCCCAAAGCUGCAGGCGGUGAGUGUUAGUGCAGAACCUCCUAAGAACGAUGUCCUUCCACUCAGUUGUGUGUUUUUGCGUUAAGUUCCUCUCAAACCCUGACUGGACCGACUGCACCUUUCUUUUGUGGUGCGUUUCACGUCUGUGCUUCAAAAUCAUGUUUCUCUGAGUGGAGAAUUAAUUAAUUCUCGCACCGGACAUUAAGGCAGGUUCGAAAGGAGGCAGUACACUGAGCAUUGCAAUCACAUGUGUGUGUGGUACUUUGAGAGGAUGUGCUGUAGGGUCCAGUCCCCUUAGAGUGACUGUGAUUGUUUUUGUGAGCUGGAAAACUGUUUAGCAACUUUGUACUCUGUCUCAGGUACAGGCGAUCAUGACAGGUCCGGAACAUGCUUCACAGCCUUUACAUCAAGAAACGAAUCACUUUCUGGAUUCAGUGCAACAAGAGCAUGAGCCAGCUGGAUCUGUGAUCCAUCUCUCCAAGAACUCAGUCCGUAGUGUUGUAGAACAGUCCGUUUCCUGUGUCCUGGAGAUCCCAUAACCAAAUACUCGUCCAUAUUCGUGUUCGAUUGGCGUCUCUGUUUGGGUCACAGCCGAGUUUCCGUACACAAGCUGUUAUACGAGCCACAAUAUUUAAACCUGUCAUCAAAUCAGUGAACUUUCUCUGUCGGAGCAGGUUUGGUGGGUCCAACAGGACCAGAACUGUGUGCACUAACUGGGUAACGAAUGAGAAACUCAGCUCUGCACUGUCGCCUCCAUUCCUCCAUCUGAUUAUGAUAACUGUGCACCACUUAUCUUACUGCUAAUACACACACUGAUGUAUUAUUGCAUAAUGAUGACAAAUCAAGCACACUACUUCCCAAAUAUGACCUUGCAAAAAUGAUCAACAGCAUGUAUUUUUAAAUUUCAUUUUAAUGCCAAGAUUAUGCUAAAACAUAUUUCUGAAAGGACUUCAGAUAAGUUAACAUUAUUCAUAUUAGUGUAACUAUGUUUUUACAUGCUAACUAGCUGUAUGUUAGCGUUAGUUGUGGACAAGGCUACGGCAACUUGGCAGGCAAAUCCAGAGAAAGUCAUUUGACUAACCAGACUGUAUAGCUACUGCAACGUUACCGCUAGCUCUAAAAGCACAGACAAUUUCACUGCAAGCUUUCUCUUGGAAUAAAAUGUUUACAUCCCUCAAUAUGCUCCUGCAGGUUGGAUAGCGAGUUUUUGUAGGCUGUGAUGUGCUCCGUUUUCGGCAAACAUUUAAAACGUGAUUUAAAAUCACUGAACUUGAUUUUAUUCAGUCUAUAAACAUGACGUGACCCUAGUGAUUACUGAUCGGCUCUCGGUGUCACCUGCGAAAAAAAACAGUCACGUUUUAGAAAAGAAAAGAAAAAACAUCCACUUUCAAAGCUCCUUCAUAGUAACGAGUAACGAGGAGCUUGAUAGAAAUGUAGUGGAGUGAAAAGUACGAUAUUUGUCUUUCAAAUGUAGUGACGUUAAAGUCACAAGUUUCCAAAAAAAUAAUACUCAAGUAAAGUACAGAUACUCAGAAAGUGUACUUAAGGACAGUACUCGAGUAAAUGUACUUCGUUACUGUCCACCUCUGGUAAAGUGUAAAGGUUUGGCCUGUGGGUUUGUGGGGGAGGGGCCACUGAGAUUAGAUAUAAUCAGUGAAGAGGGUUAACGUUCCAAAUACAUAAUAAUAUGAUCAUAAAUAAAAAAUGAAACAAACAAACAGUCACUUUACACAACAUUGCUAAUGGUAAUGCUAACACUGGGAUAGAACUUUGUGAAAAUGUCUUUCACAAAAAGCACAAUCUAAAUACAAAUGUGUUGAAUUGAACUAGAAAAGUUUGUUUUGAGUGUAAUAUUUCAAAAUAAAUAAAAAACAAGCAGCCACAGUCAGCAUGCGGAAAUGAUGCUUUGUUAGCAUUAGCGUUAGUGUUAGCAGCAUGCCAUAGCAAAGAAUUAUAAAGCUUGCUAAUGUAACACCAAACUCCACUUCAGUAUGUUGCUUGUUUCUUCCUUGGACCACUGACGUUCUCAAAUAUCCUUUGUUUACUUUUUCUGCAAUUUUAUGUAAAAUCAUUCUUCUGUGGAAAUAAGUUGAGUUGGUUCAAUUGUCAUUACGGUGACAGGACCACACCCGUUGAUAAUGACAUCACCAGUUUCCUGUUCGCCACUGCAGAAGCGCAAGUGUGUGAGUGUGUUUUGUGUGUAAGAUAUUUUUAAAGAAAUAUAUAUAUGUAGGUGGUGUGUGUGUGAGAGAGAAAGCGAGAGAGGUCUGAACAUGAUGUAAAUACACAGACUGGUUUAUGUAAAUAAGCACAACCAACUGCUUACUGUUUGUCUAACAGAACAAACAGACUUACAGCGAGAAGCUUCCCCAGCACACACGAAGUUUCUCUCUCACACACACACGAAGUUACACACGCUUUUAUUCACAAUAUUUCUGCAGUGGGAUGAGUAACUGCUGUACAAUAAAUACUAAACAUUGAUCAA